UUUUAACAAACACAGCUGUGUUUAGUAUUUCAAAGCAGUGUUCCUAAUUAGACACGAAAUUUCUUGUGUUACUCUAAAUUUCUAAAAUAUUCUAAAUACGAUUUUGAAUGUUAGAAUGUUGGUAAUAGCGCCAGUGAGAGUGUUUUGUUUUGUAUUGUUUGUGAGUAGCUGUUUGGCCAGCCAAAUACUUGUAGUGUUUCCAGUACCAGACGAGAGUUACAAAGUGCUUGGAGAUUCUAUUGUUGGCACGCUACUGGAUGCAGGACACGAGGUGACAUAUGUGACAGCGUUUCCCAAAAGAAAAGCAACAGCUAAUCUCACUUACAUAGAUAUAAGCUCAAAUAUAGGAGGUGCAAGCCACAGACCAGAUCUGCACAAGCUUCCCCUAGUGCCUCUCAGUAUUCCACAGAUACUGAGGCAAGGGGUGGAGAUCUCCGAACACACGCUGCAGCAUGACGCCGUGCGGGGGAUCAUGAUGGACCCAGCAGUAACCUUCGACUUGGUUCUGGUCCACUGGUUCUAUAGCACACUGCUGGCACCUCUUGGCAGUCUAUUCAACUGCCCCCUGGUGUGGUACGCGGCAGGGGACGCUUGCUGGGCAUCCCUCCAGCUGGUACACGAGCUGCCCAGUCCUGCCUACAGUGUCGGACCUCACUCCCAUCACCUCCCAUCGAUCCCCUUCACGAUCAACGAUAGAAUCACGCAGCUGUGGCAACAGCUGUAUUUCGGGUUUUGGACACGCUAUUACUUAGAUUACGUGGAGCCCCCGAUAUACGAGGCAACAUACGCCGCAGCGAUGCGCGUACGCGGACUAGUGCCGCCUCCGUACGAUCUUGUGGCGAAGAACGGGUCUACGCUGCUGCUCAACUCGCACCCGCCGCUGGGGCAGUCGUUACCGCUGCCGCUCAAUGCGAAGCUUGUAGGCGGCCACCACUUGCGUCCACUCAAACCUUUGCCUGAGAAAUUCCAAAUAUUUAUGGAUAACGCGAAACACGGGUUGAUAUUCAUGGAGCUCGGUGCUGGCGUGGAGAGCUCGGACAUGCCGCAGCAUGUUCGGAAGCGGCUGCUGGACAUGUUCGGCGAGCUGCAGCACCAGGUGGUGUGGCGGCUGGACGAGCGCCCGCCGCAUGCGGCCCGCAAUGUGCAUGUGCUGGAGCGGGCGCCUGCACUGGAGAUGUUAUGUCAUCCAAACACGUUGAUGGUGAUCACAGACGGCAGCACGACCUCCCUGAUGGAAGCGCUGCACUGUGGAGUGCCCGUGAUAACUGUUCCUUUCCUCGGAGACCAGUUCCUGAACGCAGACAUCGCGGUGGCACAAGGUUUCGCGAUCAAAGUGGAAUUCACUCACCACUUCGCGUGGAAGUUGAGAGAGGCUAUUGGGGAGAUUCUUGGUAACAACAGCUACAGGAGCAGUGCUAAAGAAGCUUCCAGAAUGUUCCAUCUCCGUCCGUCUCCAGCCGCAGCCGAUCUCUUGCACUGGAUAGAAGUGACGUCAUCGACAGGCGCCUGGCACCUGCGCUCGGCGGCGCGCCAUCUGUCGCUCGCGGAGCGAUACUAUCUGGACCUGGGGCUGCUGCUGGUGCUGGCUGUAUGGUUUUUGUCGAAAGUGGUCAAAGUGAUCAGGGUGCAUCUGAAAGAUGAUGAUUGUAAUAAGAAAGAUGAUUAGAAUUCUUAUGGCAUGACUUCUAUAAAUAAAAGAAGGAUCA